AUGGCCCUUCCGCCGAGCUCGCCACGGCUGCCGAGCCCGCCCCCGGCAGCGGAGAUCCAGAUCGGGCCCAACACGACGACAGCAGGCAGUGGCAGUAGCAGUGGCAGCAGCAGCAACAACAAGGACGGCAGCAGCAGCACGGAGCAGAAGCAGCAGCUGGAGCAGCAGCUGGAGCAGACGAUGCUAGACAGCAACGCAAAGCGGCGAAUCCAUCCGGGGACGCGGGCAGCAGACUUUGCGGUAGGCCCGCCGCUGGUGCCGCUACAUGAGCUCGACUCGGCCUUCCAGCUGCAGGAGCAUCUGGCCGCACUGCACUACUUCCACACGGCCAGCAGCACGCAGGCGAUCUCGCGCGAGACGGCCUACACGCUGGCGCUGCCGCCAACGGGCACGGACCGGACGCUGUGGCUGUACGAGCUCUGCCGGUUCCUGAUCGCGCAGUGCAACGGGCUGAUCGUCGGCUUCCUCUUCGACACGCCGCCGUGCAGCGCGGCCACGUGUCCGGAGAUGCGCGCGUCCGAGUGGCAGUUUCUCUGCGCCGUGCACGAGCAGCCCAAGAGCUGCUGCGCCAUCGACUACUGCUGCCACACGCUCGACUGGGCCGCCAACGUGGUCACCAACCCCAAGAUCUUCCCUAGCCGCUUCGUCUUUGCCGAUCCCCACGACAAGUCCGCCGCGGCCAAGAACCUGACCAACGUCUUCCGUCGCCUUCACCGCAUCUUCGCACACGCCUGGUUCCAGCACCGCGGCGUCUUCUGGUCCGUCGAGGGCCAGACCGGCCUCUACGUCCUCUUCAAGACCGUCUGCGACAUGUACGACCUGCUGCCCGCCGAGAACUACAAGUUGCCGCCCGAGGCCGAGGGUCUCGACGUGUCGACCGCUCUGUCUGGCCUCGGAACCGCCACCGAUCUGCCUGGAGACAGCGAGAUCAACAACAACAACAACAACACCUCCAGCGCCAACAUCCCCGGCCUCAUCUCCAUCGCCUCGCUCGGCGAUCGGAAAGGGCCCGGCCAAGGCCCUUCCUCUACUACCACCACCACCUCGGCUACCGCUGCUGCACGUCGCUCAGGUACAUCCCUGAGUCCGGCCACUGCUUCCACCGCUAUCGCUGCUGCUGCUAUCACUGGCGGCCUCGACUUUGCCAGUGACGAUGAUGAUCGCUCCCAGGCUGUCGGACGCACCAACACGCGUCGCCACAUCCGCAGCAACCCCUCGACCGGCAGUGCCGUCACCACCGUGCUCGAGCAGGACGAGGAGGCCCUCAGCGCUGCCGCCGCCGCAGCAGCUGCCGCAGCAGCCACAACUGCCAGGCCAUCCGCCAUGGCCGCACACGUGGCCACCCCGCCAUCCAUCACGAUAGAAGAGAGCCACGAGGGCGAGGAGUCCGAGAUUGAGACCGUGCUGGGUGACGAGGACGACCGGCUGCCAGUAGAGAUCGAUGCAGACGCAGACGCAGACGCAGACGCAGACGCAGAUGCGGAUGCAGAAGUCGACCCAGAUGCAACAAUCCUGGACGAGAGACCGGACGAGCAACCUGCAUCGACCAGCAGACUAGAGCCGGACGACGACGAACCAACUACAGAGACACCCUCAUCCGAGGACGCCGAGUCCGCCAAGGAUGCCAAGGAUGCCAAGGAUACUGCCUUGGAAGCAGCACCAGAAGCUGCAGCACCACCACCAGGCGACGACACGUCCACGGACACUGUUGGUCUCGCGAGCACAAGCGUCCUCGACUUUGCCCCAUCGGCCGAGGAGACGGGCGUGACCAGCGACUUCGCCGAAAAGGUGGCCAACGCUCCCGACGAAGCUGUCGAGGACGACGUGCCCGACGAGGCCGCGGAAACAGAAGCAGAAGCGGAAUAG